AUGGCUGACGUCUAUCCUUCCAUAGCCCAGUGCGUGGCUGUAGCCACUGCAUUCAAACUGCUUCUUCUCCCCGCCUACAAAUCAACAGACUUCGAGGUCCACCGAAACUGGCUUGCCAUCACCAACAGCCUCCCCGUGCGAGAAUGGUACUUUGAAAAGACUUCCGAAUGGACUCUCGACUACCCGCCCUUCUUCGCAUACUUCGAAUGGCUGCUGUCGCAAUGCGCCGCCCUGAUCGAUCCCGAGAUGACAAAGGUGUUUAACCUGGGCUACGACAGUUGGCAGACGGUAUACUUUCAACGCGCGAGUGUGAUCGCUACAGAGCUGGUUCUUGUGUACGCGCUGCAUCUCUUCGUACAAUCCUCCCCGCCGGCAUUCAAGCGCCCGGCGCAAGCAGCCGCUCUCUCGAUCCUGCUCUCGCCUGGCCUUCUGAUCAUAGACCAUAUCCAUUUCCAGUACAAUGGAUUCAUGUAUGGCCUAUUAUUCCUUUCCCUGGUCCUUGCACGCAAGGAGUCCACCACUUUAGCUAGUGGACUCCUCUUCGCAGUCCUGCUCUGCUUGAAGCACAUCUACCUCUAUCUGGCGCCCGCAUAUUUCGUCUUUCUACUACGUGCCUAUUGUCUAGGCCCGAAGUCAAUCUUUCACAUCCAGUUCGGCAACGCAUUGAAGCUAGGGACAGGCAUAAUAGCUGUUUUCGGCGCUACAUUCGGUCCAUUCGCAUAUUGGGAUCAGAUGCCGCAGCUGCUGGGUAGAUUGUUCCCCUUCUCCAGAGGACUGUGUCAUGCAUACUGGGCCCCGAAUCUAUGGGCAAUCUACUCCUUCACAGACCGCAUCUUGAUAUACGCUGCGCCCUACUUCAAGCUCUCUGUAAACCAAGACGCCCUGACAAGCGUAACCCGUGGCCUGGUGGGCAACACCUCCUUCGCUGUCCUUCCCGAGAUUACUCCUCGAAUAACCUUUUUCCUAACUCUCCUCUUCCAAAUUAUCCCCCUCAUCAAGCUCUUCCUGAACCCCACAUGGGACAUCUUCAUCGGGUCCGUCACGCUCUGUGGCUAUGCCUCUUUCCUCUUCGGCUGGCACGUCCACGAAAAAGCCAUCCUCCUCGUGCUUCUCCCGUUUUCGCUUAUCGCUCUCAAAGACCGUCGUUAUUUGGGUGCCUUCCGGCCAUUGGCCGUAGCGGGUCAUGUCUCGCUGUUCCCGCUGCUCUUUACGGCGGCUGAAUUUCCGAUCAAGACUGUAUACACCAUUUUCUGGCUCGUGCUCUUCCUGCUGGCGUUUGAUCGCCUAGCGCCAGCUAGUAAUGGACGGAGAGUCUUUCUGCUCGAUCGAUUUAGCCUAGUGUAUAUCGCCGUCAGCAUACCUCUGAUCGCAUACUGCAGCUUGCUGCACGGGAUCAUCUGGGGCAGCAAGUUGGAGUUCCUGCCGUUGAUGUUUGUGAGUACUUAUUCAGCUGUAGGGGUUGUAGGGAGCUGGGUCGGAUUCUUGGUUGUGUUUUUCACUAGCUAG